GCCGGCCCGAGCUGACCUUGGCGGCGGGGAGCAGGGGGCGGGAUGGCCCCGCAGAGAGCUGUGAAGCUGUCCCUGAGGAGGCCCGCGUCUGCCGUGUGUGUGGCGGGAGUCGAGAUGCUGGUGGACAUCCGCAGUGAUGUGCCCGAGGGCGCCAAGAGCUUCGAGGUCUCUGGGAGCUCCGAGUUGGAGGUCUUCGUGGUCUAUGAUUCCACACGGGUGACAAAGCCCACCGGCGAGGCCCACUGGCCCCUGGACACCAAUGUGGACGUCGUGGUGAAGGCAGACAAAGCCAGCAAGGAUCUAAAUGACCUCAAGGUGACGGUGUCCUACCUGGGGCAGCAGGAGGGCAGCGUCCUGGGCCAGAGCGUCCUCUUCCUCACCUGCGUGGAUGUUUCCCUGGACGUCGACGCUGCCCGCGUCGGCAAGGCGAGGAGAGGCAGCCGUAACAAGAAAGCCUGGCGUUGGGGCCCUGAGGGCCACGGGGCUAUCCUGCUGGUUAACUGUGACAAGGACAGUGACAGGUCCCGGGGGCCCGACCUCGAAAACAGCCAGCUGAUGUCCCUGGAGGACCUGCAGGACAUGUCCCCCCUGCUGCUGAGCUGCGGAGGCCCCGACCAGCUCUUCCAGAGCCACCGGCUGGUCCUGCAGGCGCCCUGGCCCGACUGCAGGAGAGUGCGGGUCUUCUGUGCGCGGGGCGGGAAUUUGCUCUCCAACUACAAGCAGGUGCUGGGGCCGCAGCGCCAGUCCUACGAGGUGGAGCGGGGGCCGGGGGAGCGGGAGAUCCGGUUCCACGUGGAGGGGCUGGCCUUCCCCGACGCCGACUUCGCGGGGCUGGUCUCCCUCAGCGUCAGUCUGAUGGACGCAGGGCCCCUGCCGGGGGCGCCUCUCUUCACAGACACGGUGGCCUUCCGCGUGGCCCCCUGGAUCAUGACCCCCAGCACCCAGCCCCCGCUGGAGCUGUACGUGUGCAGCGUGAUGGACUCUCACGGCUCGAAUGAGAAGUUCCUGGACGACAUGGCCCGCCUGGCCUCGAAAGCCGACUGCAAGCUGGUGGUCUGUCCGCGGGUGGAGAAUCGCAAUGACCGCUGGAUCCAGGACGAGAUGGAGUUUGGCUACAUCGAGGCCCCUCACAAAUCCUUCCCUGUGGUCUUCGACUCUCCCCGGAACAGAGGCCUGCGGGAUUUCCCCUACAAGAAGAUCCUGGGUCCCGACUUCGGGUACGUGACCCGGGAGAUCCUCUACGCCGGCCCCUCCAGCCUGGAUUCCUUCGGCAACCUGGACGUCAGCCCUCCUGUCACCGUGGGCGGCCGGGAGUACCCCCUGGGCCGGAUCCUCAUCGGCGACAGUUUCCCCAAGUCCGGCGGGCGGCGGAUGGCCAAGGUGGUGCGCGACUUCCUGUGGGCCCAGCAGGUGCAGGCGCCCGUGCAGCUGUACUCGGACUGGCUCUCCGUGGGCCACGUGGACGAGUUCCUGAGCUUUGUGCCCACCUCCGACCAGAAGGGCUUCCGGCUGCUGCUGGCCAGCCCCAGCGCCUGCCUCAAGCUGUUCCAAGAGAAGAGGGACCAGGGCCACGGGGAGGCGGCCCAGUUUGAGGGGUUAAAAGACAAGGCCAAGAGGAGCAUUAACGAGAUGCUGGCGGACAGACGCCUCCGGAGCGACAGCCUCCACGUGCAGAGCUGCAUCGACUGGAACCGCGAGGUGCUGAAGCGGGAGCUGGGCCUGGCCGAGCAGGACAUCGUGGACAUCCCGCAGCUCUUCUCCCUGCGGGGCGCCUACGCAGAGGCCUUCUUCCCGGACAUGGUCAACAUGGUGGUGCUGGGCCGGCACCUGGGCAUCCCCAAGCCCUACGGGCCGGUCAUCGACGGCCGCUGCUGCCUGGAGGAGCGGGUGCGCGCGCUGCUGGAGCCGCUGGGCCUUCGCUGCGUCUUCGUGGACGACUUCCUGUCCUACCACAGGCUGUUGGGCGAGGUGCACUGCGGCACCAACGUGCGCCGCCAGCCCUUCUCCUUCAAGUGGUGGCACAUGGCGCCCUGAGCCCUCCCGGCCCGGCCCCCGGGGUCAGGAGAUGGACCACGCGGAGCUGCGACCCUGGGGGCCUCUGCACCGCCCGCCAGUGCCCGCGAGUGUGCUGGACACCGACGCGGCGGCCUGGGUGGACGCCGCCCUCCCUGGCCUGGCAGAGACCCGCCCGGCCCAGGGACCAGCCUCCCUCUUCCCCCAGCCCCACGGCCCCCAGAGGUUCUGGGGAAGGUCGGCAGCCUCGCACGUUCAGGAGGAGCCCCGUGGCCUCCAGGUGGCCAUGCUGGGAGCCCCCCUCUAUUUGGCACCAGAUGGCUUUGGGCUCACACCAGGCAUGGGGGCCAGAGGCCCUGGGCUGUGUCACGAGGAACCUGGUUUCGAGUGACCUCUGGCUCCUGCAGACCAGGAAGGGAGGUCCAAAGCGUCCUCUUUCCAAAGGGGACCCAGGCUGUGAUCCCCAGCGCCCUGCAGGUGUACGUAGGCAGAUGGGACCGGAAAACCCUGUGUCCCAGGCCUUUAAAACAAACAAACAAACAAACAACAAUAAUAACAAAAGUAGGCAACAGAAACUCUUUAAUGCCUAGCUCCAUCCUCGCAGGGUGCUCGUUACCUGUCCGGAGAGCCUUUAAUUAUGAGAGCAGGCUGCUUCCGGCUCAAAAGUGCUGAAAGGCAAAGUGAGGCCUGGGGAGGCCAGUGAAGAAGGCCUGGGCAGGAGGGUCGAGGCCAGGGUGGCAGAGGAGGCUGGGCUACGAUCUCGGGGCCUGGAGCUUGGGGCUCCCAGGCUUUGGAUUUUGGACUCUGAAUCUGAAGGCAGCUGGGUGUUCCAGCUGUGGCAGGGGGUGGGGGCCCAUCCGGUUAUCUCCGAGGGUGGGGCUUAAUUUCCUUUAAUAGACUUUAAUUGUUCCCUUCGCUCUGCUGGCAGUGGGAGGGAGGCUCACCGCUCUCCCUCAGCCACCGGGGGACCCUGCACGUCUUGGGCUUGGGUUUUGCCCGUGAGCAAGCCCCCGUGGUGGGCCCGUGUCCCUCCCGCAGUAGGAAGGACGAAGCGGCCAGGCGAGGCUAAUAGCCCUGGUGAGGUCACAGAGGCACCCGCCUGCCCUCCGUCCCCGGCUGGCCAGGGGCCGUGGUGGCUGUCAGCCCUGGACUUCAGUCCGCCUCUCUCUUGCGGGCCUGGGACACUCGGCACACCAAGGAGCUGCCGUGGCGAACGUGGGUGGGGAAGGAGCUGGAUCCUCCUUCCAGAAGGUUCCGAGGAGCCCUGUCUGCACCCCCGCUCCUGCCGGAGCACACUCCUGCGAUCGCGACCCGUGGAGGCUGAGCCGGGAAGGAACAGGAAGCCCCUCAGUGUGGACGGCUGGAUCCGGAGUCCCUGGGGAAGAGCCCUAGAGGGAGGGGGAGAGGUGGAGCCCAGGAGGCCAGCCUCGGACCCGCUGAGCGUGCCGGCUGGGGAAUCACCUCCGGGGCCCGGGGCCUGGCCUCGGCUCUAAGAACGUCCGUGGCCUGUCGCCUCUCUGAUCAAUAAAAAUGUCUGCAUGCAUUUCUCCA